ACACGAAUGGCACGUCGUCCUCGUCCGUCCAUCCUGCACAGUCUUUAGGUCCAGCGUGGCUUCUGGCCCACGGCCCAUCGUCACUCUGCACGAAAAACAAAAACAUCUGAGGUCGAGAUCCUGGCAAUUCGGUCAAGUGACGCGGAUUGCUUUUUGGCUCCGUGGAAUGGGUACGCUUCCCCGAGAAACGGAGUGGGUUGUCUGCAAAGCUCUCACGAUGUUCGUUGUUGUUGUUGCUCCGGCGGUGUGGUGGUGCCUGGCCACACCUGCAAGUGCCCUGGAGCGAGUACAACAGUGGUUACCCCAAGCACCCUGGAGCUCUAGUUGUAUGUGCUCUACAUACAUACUCCAGAGUACCGUAGAGUGCCCGAAGGUACCUGGCAAGGGCAAGUCUCCCCCUCGUAAGGGCAAGUCUCCCUCGCAACGGCCCAACUUCGACCGUCGUCGUCGACUCGUCCAAGGGAUCUCACCCCAACUUGACAAAGCCCGAGCGUCCUGCCUCACUAACCCGAGGCGGCCAGUCCUCGCGUCUGGUCGUUGCAGCUCCCCACCGCGGAAUUGGUGCUGUCGCCCAAAAUUCCCCCCUUCGAAGCUGCUGCUGCUGCUUGCAGGCAGGCGGACUGCGGACAGGCUGUUGGUGGUUCACAUCCAUUCGAGUCCGAAUCUGCACCUAGAUAGCUAGUGCGGCGUGCCGGAUGCCUGUCCAUCGUCGACGUGGCUCCUGUCUGGAGCCCGGCCUCACAGACCAGAACAACACCAUAGAACACACCUGCCUGGCCUCCGCUUGUAC